GUUGCUUUGAAACGGCGUGACAAGUUUCAUAUGAUAAAUGACUAGUGACUAUUGACAGCGCUAAGCGCUAAACGUUACACAUUCACCUUUCGUACCAUCACCAUGUCCGACCUCAAAGUUGACGGCUUCAAGGCCUCAGAUAUUAUUUUCGACCUUAACCGCGCAUUCGACGGUUUCACCGAUGCAGAGAGAACUGCUCAAGUAAAGAAAACCAAGGGCAUAUUCGAGCUCCGGAUAACGAAUAGCGAAAAGCAGGAAGCCAUCUGGACGAUUGACCUCAAAAAGAAUGGCGUCAUCCUCAAAGGACCCGCCUCGCCCAAAGCAGACGUCACACUCAUCAUGACGGACGACACGUUCUCGCAGCUUUCUUCGGGCAAGCUGGAUGGUCAGAAAGCUUUCCUCACUGGCAAGCUGAAGACCAAGGGUAAUAUUAUGUUGGCCACCAAACUUGGCGCUGUCCUUGAGAUGGCCAAGGGCAAGGCAAAACUCUAGACUUUUAUUCCUCUUGCUUAUACUUGUAACUUGUAUCGUGGAUACCAUCCUUCCACGUAGAGUGGUGAUUAUAAUUAUUCAUGUAUGAAAAUCGUGUAGCUUAUCUAUCUGAAGCUCUGAGCUUGGAAGGUAAGGAGCCCACGUCAGUAGUGAACGUUGAGUACCGUCACAUAUUUAUCCGCUCUUUUGUCCUUGUCCGAGUCUUCCAGGUCCC